AGUAGGUUAUUUUGCAAUGGCUCGAGAAUUAAAACUCCUCUAUGUCCUUUGGCUGGUUGUGGCCUGUCUUGCAACUACAGCUAAUCCAGCUUCCACUACUGUACCGCCUGAAGCAACUACAACUAAUCCAGUUACCACUCCUGAAAAGCCUGACACAACUACAGCUAUUCCAGUUGUCACUACUGUACCGCCUGAAGCAACUACAACUAAUCCAGUUACCACUCCUGAAAAGCCUGACACAACUACAGCUAAUCCAGUUACCACUCCUGAAAAGCCUGACGCAACUACAGCUAAUCCAGUUACCACUCCUGAAAAGCCUGACACAACUACAGCUAAUCCAGUUACCACUCCUGAAAAGCCUGACACAACUACAGCUAAUCCAGUUACCACUCCUGAAAAGCCUGACACAACUACAGCUAAUCCAGUUACCACUCCUGAAAAGCCUGACACAACUACAGCUAAUCCAGUUACCACUCCUGAAAAGCCUGACACAACUACAGCUAAUCCAGUUACCACUCCUGAAAAGCCUGACACAACUACAGCUAAUCCAGUUACCACUCCUGAAAAGCCUGACACAACUACAGCUAAUCCAGUUACCACUCCUGAAAAGCCUGACGCAACUACAGCUAAUCCAGUUACCACUCCUGAAAAGCCUGACACAACUACAACUAAUCCAGUUACCACUCCUGAAAAGCCUGACGCAACUACAGCUAAUCCAGUUACCACUCCUGAAAAGCCUGACACAACUACAGCUAAUCCAGUUACCACUCCUGAAAAGCCUUCAACAACGAACCUUCCAGGCCCUUGUGAGAAAAACCUAUGUGGCGACGAGAGCACCUGUGAACCUCGUGUCAAUCAAACCUAUAUUUGCUUAUGUUUGGAUGGUGAUGACUACAAUUAUGAAAGCAACAGAUGUGAGAGUGCCAAAGUUUUCCCUGGAUUACUCAACGUUCCUGGAAUAAAAUACGUGGAAAGCAUGUCUCAGAAGACAUCACCAGAAUUUCACAAUGCUGAGAAAGCAAUUAAUAAACAGAUGUUCCUUGCUUUUAAAGGUUUCCCUGAUUACACUGGAUCUAAAGUGUUGGCACUCACUGAGGCCGUUGAGAAAGGCAAAGCUUUGUUAACGUCAGACAAAGGGAUCGUUGCAGAUGUACAGAUCAUCUACAGUGCAAGUUCUGUCAUCAACACAGAAAUAAUUACAGGAACAAUACAAAACGCCACUACUUGUAAUGAUUGCGUACUGAAAGGUUCAAGUUUCGAAGCUUCAUCCAUGUGUAAUAACUAUGGCUGUGAAACUAAUUCCACAACAUGCAAAGUGAAAGAUGGAACUUAUUCCUGUAUCUGUUUGGAAAAUCACAUUACAACAGUCUUCAGUGGCAAAAUAUGCAUCGCUUGUCCCAACGGUCAAAAAGCUGAUGGAUCCACAAAGUGUGUCGACUGUCCAUUUGGUUAUUCUGGUUUAAACUGCCAGGAAUCAUGGAAGCUGGCGCUGAUAGUCGUCAGCUCCAUACUCGGGGGACUGCUGCUCAUCACGCUCAUUCUUCUGUCUUUAGUGGCACUCAGAUCCUCAAAGAAGAGCUCCAAGGAGGACAAAAAUGCGGACUUUGGGAAGCCUUACGUCAGCCAUCCUCCUGCCAAGGCACCAUUUGUUAACAGCAGCGUAGCCCACAGCCAAGCAGCCCCGCUUCAUAGGCCAGCCAACGGCCUGCCAGCCUUUGCCAAUGCUGGGGUGCCUCGGAUCCCACGGGCCACAUCCAACUGGGACAACGGGAGUAACCUGGAGAUGACUCCGAGCAACAGCCGGCAAAACCUGAUCCCUGGUGGGAAGAACUCGCGGCUCUACGAUGACCAUGAUGACAUGACUCCAUAUGCUCAGGCUCGACCCCAGAGCAACCUCUAUGCUCAGGCUCGCCCUAACAACAACCCCUACGCCCAGAAUCGACCUCAGAACAACCCGUAUACUCAGAGCCAAGGCCACAGCAACCCUUACAUGCAUGACGAUGCAAAACGGUAUAAUUAAUAAGGAAGCACGAAAGGUUAAUCCUACAGUGACAUUUACCCAGAUUAAAAACGUAGUCGUGUUUCUUUUGGGAACACCUCAAAAUUUUCCUUUUUCUU